AUGUCAACAAACGGUUACACAGACUGUGUGGCUGGCACAUUUUAUGGAUUCGAUAACACUGAAUUCAACCCCGGCGAUGUGUUUGACUUGAAAUGGGGUGCUGUGGAUAAUGGAAGCCGACCCCUGAACAUUUCUCUUGGUCGACCAGGAGGGCAAGUGCUAGACCAGAUUGUUGCUAGGGCCAGCUUUAGCACAACUAGCAAUAUCUACAAACUGCUGAAGAACGAGACAGCUAAUUGCACGUUGGAGACCUAUAGCUGGGCUAUCCCCACAGACUUCAACACCACCGACCCAGAAUAUCAGCUUGGACUGUUCGAUGGCGAAGUUGAUCUCGGCGAAGAUGGUAUCGAUGAUUAUGGUUGGAUAUCUUGGAGUCCGGAUUUCUACGUCCGAGAUGAGUCGAGCACGACCUCAGUAUCCAGUUCCACAGUCACUGGAUUGGUGACAAGCACUGCGACAGGCACCGCGACAGGCACCGCGACAGACACCGCGACAGACACCGUUGCGACAAAAAACAUUACACCCGCGAUAUCUUCCUCUUCCUCUUCCUCUUCCUCUUCAUCAUCUUCCUCCUUCUCAAAUAAUACUUCAUCUUCGAACUCGACUAAGAUUGGCGUUGGUGUCGGUGUCGGUGUUGGUGUCGCUUUGCUGAUUGUUCUGGGCUUUAUUUGGUUCCUGUAUAGGCGGAAAAAUAGUCGUAUCAACGGCGGACCUAUAGAGCUUCAGGGUGCGAGUGCAUCUGAACUUCCAACAAAGGAGCCAGUGGAAGAAUAUUUAGAAGAGCCUGCAAAGGCAAGGGUAAUACCCGGACAACAUGAGGUGGAAUAA